AUGGCUCUUACACUUCGUUCUUCAAUUUCUUUCAUGAGUAAAAGAGAGACAAGAGUCUUAAAAUCUCUUGAUGAUUUUUCCUCCAACAAAGUUUCUUGUCCAAAAACCAAACAUUCUGGUCACAAACUCAUAAUAAAGAGUUCAAUGCAAGAAACACAUUUCACAACGGAAAACAACAACUCAGCAGUUAAGAAAGACACGAAAUGGGAGAGGACUCACACGCCAUCGGUCACACAUAACCACGACGCUAAUUCGAAUAGCGUACCGGUGUUUGUGAUGCUUCCAUUAGACACAGUGACAAUGGGAGGACACUUGAAUAAAGCAAGAGCAAUGAAUGCUAGUUUGAUGGCACUGAAAAGUGCUGGAGUUGAAGGAGUAAUGGUUGAUGCUUGGUGGGGUUUGGUCGAAAAAGAUGGUCCUAUGAAGUAUAACUGGGAUGCUUAUGCUGAGCUUGUGCAGAUGGUGCAGAAACAUGGUUUGAAGCUUCAGAUUGUUAUGUCUUUUCAUCAAUGUGGUGGAAAUGUUGGUGACUCUUGCAGCAUUCCUCUACCACCGUGGGUGCUAGAAGAAAUCAGGAACAAUCCUGAACUGGUUUAUACGGACAAAUUAGGGAGGAGGAAUCCCGAAUACAUAUCGUUGGGAUGUGAUUCAGUGCCGGUUCUAGCAGGAAGAACUCCACUUCAGGUCUACUCGGAUUACAUGAGAAGCUUUCGUGACAGAUUCGCCGAUUAUUUGGGCAAUGUUAUCAUAGAAAUUCAAGUGGGACUUGGUCCUUGUGGUGAGCUGAGAUAUCCAUCUUAUCCUGAAACUGAUGGAACAUGGAAGUUUCCAGGAAUUGGAGAAUUUCAAUGCUAUGACAAGUAUAUGAGAUCUUCAUUGGAAGCAUCAGCGGAGGCAAUUGGGAAGAAAGAAUGGGGAACAAGUGGACCUCAUGAUUCAGGUCAAUACAAUCAAUAUCCAGAAGAUACCGGAUUUUUCAAAAGAGAAGGAACAUGGAACACAGAAUAUGGAGACUUUUUCCUUGAUUGGUACUCAAGCAAACUUGUUGAACACGGCGAAAAGAUUCUCGUAUCAGCCAAAAGCAUAUUCCAAACGACCGGUGCGAAACUAUCAGCCAAAAUAGCCGGAAUUCAUUGGCAUUACAAUGCAAGAUCCCAUGCAACUGAAUUAACAGCAGGUUACUAUAACACAAGGUACCAUGAUGGUUAUUUACCAAUAGCGCAAAUGCUAGCGAAACACGGAGUCAUAUUGAAUUUCACAUGCAUGGAAAUGAAGGAUAGGGAACAACCUGAUCAUGCAAAUUGUUCGCCUGAAGGAUUGGUUAAUCAAGUGAAGAUGGCAACAAAGAUUGCAGGUGGUGAACUUGCUGGUGAGAAUGCUUUAGAGAGAUAUGAUUCAAGUGCUUAUGGACAAGUUUUGGCAACAAGUGGAUUAAGUGCUUUUACUUAUUUGAGAAUAAAUAAGAGGUUGCUUGAAGGUGAAAAUUGGAGGCAGUUUGUGGAUUUUGUUGUGAGUAUGUCUGAUGGUGGUAAACAUAGGCUUUCAGAAGCUGAUUCUUAUGGGACUGAUCUUUAUGUUGGACAUAUCAAAGGUAUUAAGGAGAGUGAUGUUAUAAUAGAGAUUGCUCUUGUGUGA